CGUUUUAUACCGUGCAACCAACCAAACACAUGCACAUUCCAAGUCUACGCAUCUACUCAGCCUGGAUAUGAGCAGCGCGGCAACCAAUCACGCUAUAUAUGAACAGAAGAUCAAGAUGAACUAGUUGAGGGCUAAUUUACCUCAGAUCUAGGCGGUUAUGGCCCAGACCGCGCGGUGGUGGAGCUCCGCGGCAAUGGAUAGUACUUCGGCGAGCGAUUCCCACCGGUGCUCCGGUAUUUCGCUCCUUCCUUCGACUCCACCAGCUUGCUCACGCACUGGCACACGCAAUGAGCAAUUCACCGGUGAUGGCCUAAGUACAACGCAGCGGAGAGGUGGCCGACAGCGGACCACACCAAUAGCGGCGGCGCACGAUUUUGUGGUGUCACUCGUGACUCGUUCUUCCCACGACGACGGCCGUGUGGACUCGCGCGAGGCACGGCCAGUAGUGGAGGACGCUUAGAGGGAGGGGUCUUUAUCCCCGGACGAGGUGGGGGUCCGAGCUAGAUCCCGCCGUGCGAGGUUCUGUUGUAACCGCGCCGCCGCGAGGAAGGGGGAAGGCCCGACGUGCGGGAAUCACGAAGAAGGGUUAGGAGGAAUAGGUCAGUGGGUCCCACGAAGCCAAUAGGAUAGCACUAGCGUGGGCAGCAGCGGGGUUCGUUGAGAAGGUUGUUGAGGCGGCC